GGGCGGCUCGCCGGUCUCCGCGGCAGUCGCGCGCUAGCACGUGCGCGCACCGCCUUCGCGCCGUCGGUGUCAUACACCACCCGUGCCCUAGUAUCCCUUGUUCAAUAUUCGGGUAUUUCGUCUUGUUGUGAUGGCAGAAAACAGUGAAAAACACUCUGUUUACAUUUAAAUCUAGUGACAAACGUCUUGUUUGAAGAAUGUAAACACUAAAAAAUGUAUUACCGAAUAAACUGGUAAAGAAUCGAUGAAAUAACCUUGUGAUAUAAAUAAAAUAUAAUAAUAACUGAAGUGCUUAUAAUUCGUCCCAUCAAUUAUACAAAAUUAGAAAUGUCGUGAAUGUCUGAGAAAAAUGAUAAUGGAAAAAUCUUGAAAAAUGGAUAAGUCUACACAGCAACGGGCACUGGACAAAGUAUGGGCUUGCUUACUGCCACCAUGGGGGUUCAAAGAUCUCGAGGAAGAGCGGUUGUACUCCGCAUACAUGCAACGCCAACGCCAGCGUGCCGUGCCUCGGCUGCUGGCUACUGGAAUACUGCUGCAGGCUUUCGCUAUAUUGGUACCAGGAGAGAGGAACUUAUUGUUCGCUUAUUCUUCCGUUGCGAUAGCUUUGCUUAUAAAUCUGACCUUAGCCGCAGUGUACAUCUGCGUGAAGUCUAUAAGGCUGGUUUUAAAUCAUGUGGCAUGGUUCGUGGUGUGGGGGCAAUUCCUAUUGAGCGUCUCACGUCGCUUAGGGGACUCCUAUAACGAGCUACUGGGAUGGGCGUUUAUGUUGCAAUACUUUACACUGGCCACUAUGCCGUUCAACUACAUGCUCCUGUUAUUAUAUGCCGCUAUUUCAUUCAUCGCGUACUUGGCAGUGCAGUACUACAAUGCUUCUUCUUCCGAGAGUCAACUACCUGAAGACUUUAUUUAUCAGCAACUAUCGAAUGGUUUGUUACUGAUUGGAGCUUCUUUAUUGGGAGGGACGGCAUAUGUAGUUGCUGAAAGACUGCAACGUUUAUCAUUUCAAGAGACUAAACGAAGUUUACGAGAUAAACUAACUAUAGAACAACAGAGCAAAGAACAGGAGCGUUUGUUACUAUCCGUACUUCCGGAACACGUUGCUGUUCAAAUGCGACAAGAUUUAGGAUUGAUCGAUACACAAUUUAAAAAAAUUUAUAUGUCACGACAUGAGAACGUCAGCAUCUUGUAUGCAGACAUAGUUGGUUUCACAGCAAUUUCUUCUACGUACUCAGCACAGGACCUCGUUGCUAUAUUGAAUGAGUUGUUUGCUCGCUUCGACCGACUUGCUGAGAAAUACCAACAAUUACGCAUAAAAAUUUUGGGAGAUUGCUAUUACUGCAUAAGCGGAGCGCCCGUAGAGCGACCGGACCAUGCUGUCCUUUGUGUACAUAUGGGACUAUCUAUGGUAAAGGCGAUAAAAUAUGUGCAGCAGACAACAAAUUCCCCUGUAGACAUGCGUGUGGGCAUCCACACCGGCGCAGUGUUGGCUGGUGUGCUUGGUCAAAGGCAGUGGCAAUUUGACGUAUAUUCUCGCGAUGUCGAACUAGCUAACAAGAUGGAGAGUAGCGGCAUGGCUGGGCGUGUGCAUAUCUCAGAAGUGACAAAGAGUUUUUUGAACGACGAAUUCGAGGUGGAACCAGCUCAUGGGGAACGUCGCGAGGAGAUGCUGCGCCAGGCUGGCAUCAAAACCUACUUUAUAGUGCGCGUUCUUAAACCAUAUCAGGGAGGGGAUGAAAGAAACGCGCCCGAAGGCGAGGUGGCGGAGGGUGGUGAUGCUAGCGAUGCGCUCUCCGACCUCAAAGACGACGAUGAGGACUCUGUUCUAUCACCGCAAGACGAGACAAAGGAGAAUGAGGAACAGAAAAUACACAAGAUGUUGCAAGAAGAACUCGUGAAUAGAGAUGACGAUAAGGAAUUGGCGGAUGCAACAACGCUAUGCUUGACGUUCAAAUCGAAAGAGUUGGAGGCAGCGUUCGCGCGACGCCUCGACCCGUAUCCGCUGACGGUGGCGGCGCCGCCUCUGAUGAUGAUGCCGGCGGUGGUAUCGCUGGCGAACUUCGCCGUGCCGCCGGCGUGGGCUUUGCACGCUGUCUAUCUCGCGUUGGUACUCGAGACUGGACUCAUCAACGUCGCAUAUUAUGCUUGCUGCCGCUAUGCUCAGUAUAAGAAAAAAUCAGUGAGUCCAUACUGGAAAUUGACCUGCGGCACAUUCAACAUGGCCAUGUUCGUCGCUGCAAAUGUUGCUCCUUUGAUUGUUUGCGGAAGUUAUGAGACGGUUUUGCAAGACGGAUUGCGUGACGAUGCACCAGCACAUAGUGGUGCGCGUCGCUGCAUACAUCCCUCAUAUUAUUAUCACGUGGGGGCAGGAGCAUUAUGUGGUUGUCUGUGGGUGACACCGUUGAGCGGUGGUGGUCGAGCCGUGCUUUUACUGCUGAUGGCUGCUUUCCACGUCCUACCGGCCGCACUGUAUCCCGCUCUUCUUAUUCCACGUCCUUCGCUCGACCGUGAUCCCUACAGGCUAAAUUUUAACGUCACCACCGACUACGAUGAGGAUUUCUUUCAAAUGCUAUCGCAAAUCCAUACAGUUAGGAACAUCGUCAUGCUAUUCUUCUUAACGAUUGCGCUGCUCAUAUUUCACAGAUAUACGGAGUCUUUAGAACGAGCACGGCACUCGCGUGGUCAGAGAAUGCAUGCUCAGGCGGCACAGGCAGCAGAUUUGCGGCGUCGGAACCAGGCUCUAAUCCAUAACGUGCUGCCACCGCACGUGGCACGUCACUUCAUGGGAGCACGCCACCACCACCGCGACCUCUACAGCCAGAGUUACGCAGAGGUCGGCGUGCUCUUUGCCUCCAUGCCUAAUUUCUCAGAGUUCUACUCGGAAGAAACUGUUAACAACCAAGGUCUGGAAUGUUUACGAUUCCUCAACGAGGUUAUAUCCGACUUCGAUUUGCUAUUAGAGGAUGCGAAAUUCAGCAAAGAUAUCAUAAAGAUAAAAACAAUAAGUUCGACUUACAUGGCCGCCUCUGGUCUUAAUCCGACACGACAUAUGCAGCCGUCGGACGGUGUGUUGGUUCGUUGGGCGCACCUCGCAUGCCUCGUGGAAUUCGCGCUGGAGUUACAACGCGUGUUGGCCGCCAUCAACGAGCAAUCAUUCAACCACUUCGUGUUGAGGCUCGGCGUCAACCACGGACCAAUCACUGCCGGCGUCAUAGGUGCCCGCAAGCCGCACUACGACAUCUGGGGUAACACUGUCAAUGUCGCUUCCCGCAUGGAAAGUACCGGCAAAGCGGGUUGCAUACAGGUUACAGAGGAAACUUGUCAAAUACUAGAGAGUUUCGGGUACUUCUUCGAACAGCGCGGUCUAGUGGCGGUGAAGGGUAAGGGCCAGCUGAUGACGUACUACCUGCAAGGCAAACGUGACGACACCCUUACCACCACGAAUAAAACCCAAGCCGAGGCAGCAGUGGCUGAGGAGGGUGCCAGUGAUACUCUCAUUGCUAAUGGAGACGCUGCAUCACCCAACACACGACCUGUACAUCGAGCUAAGGACUCGGAUGCUGAUCGACCUCUUUUGAAAAAUUAAGCUUACAUGAAACUAAUACAGCUAUGUUUGGGAAUUCAUAAGUAUUACUAUAGUUUUUUAAAGAACUCAAUUUAGCACUCUAAUUCUUUAUACAUGAAUUUCAAAAUGACGAAUGCAGUGUAUAUUAGAACUUUGUAGUUAUUUUUGUAAGUCUUAUUAUAAAAUAAGUUAAUUAAUUCACUCAUAGUACCAAUUUCUUAGGAUGAUUUAUCAUGAUUACGGCACAUAGAGUACAAACAUAAUCCAAGGGUAAUUUUAAGUUAUAUAUUAUUUUCUUUAGAUUUUGAUGAUAUUGACUGAACGAUACUAUGUUAACUAAUCGAAUUCCAAUAAAAUAGGCAUACUUCGUUUCUUACUUAUACUAAAUAUUAGUAUAGAAAGAUGUAACUGUUUGUUUGGAUUGAAUAGGCUUCGAAAUUAUUGGGCCGUU